UUUGUUUAGUGCCUCUGGUGAUGGUGGUUCAUCUGGUCCUUAUAGUGAUGGUGGUUCAUUUGGUGCUUCUGGUAAUAUUGGUUCGUUUGAUACUUCUGGUUAUGGUGAUUCAUCUAGUCCUUAUGGUGAUGGUGGUUCAUUUAGUGCUUCUGGUGAUAGUGAUUCGUUUAGUACUUCUGGUUAUGGUGGUUCAUCUGGUCCUUAUGGUGAUGAUUAUUCGUUUG